AUGCAGAAUUUCUAUCAUGCGGAAAUUGACAAACUUCGGGAGACAAACGACCUUCCGUAUGUUCUUGGUCUGACUGCUAGUCCUGCCUCUAGUUCUACUGAUGAUGCCUUGAGACAGUUGGAAACAAAUCUGCAUGCUUGCUGCAAAACUCCCAAGGUUAAUCGGGAAGAGAUGAUGCAGUUUGUGCACAUUCCAGAGUUGCGAAAAGUCACGUAUCAGAAGAACUCGACCAUGCUUCUUAACAUGGAAACUAAACUUCUAUCUAUGCUGCAUAGCAUAGAUAUCACUUGUGAUCCCUUUUUCCGCAGAUAUGAGGGAAAACUCGAUACCAAAAGCCAGGAAAGGUUCCAGCAGGCGCUCGAUAGAAAAACACCCUGCCUUAUACAGUUGAAGCGAUGCUUCACUAAAAUAGUCCACAUGUAUGGAGAGCUUGGGCCGUGGGCUGCAUCAACAUAUAUUUCUGAAGUAUACCGCCGUACACGUGGUAAGGAAGCAACACUUAUUGACCAGACUUGGUCUGAAUGGGAUAGGGAUGAUAAUUCCUUCAUUUGCAAUGGACUAGAGCCUGUGGUUAGCUCUAUUGGGGAGAGAGACUGGGACACUCUCCCAGAUGCGGUGUCACAAAAAGUUGACCGCCUGAUAAAUCUUUUAUCAUCAGAGCACUCAAACACCUCGAGUGGAAUUGUUUUCGUUGAGCAGAGAGCAACAGCUGUUAUGCUUACCCAUCUUAUCUCUCUUCACCAUGAAUUAACCCAUAUAAAGCCAGAUUAUUUCCUAGGAUACUCUUCCUUUGCUUCUCGGAAAGCAGAUAUUACAGAGCUCAGUAAGGCAGGCCAUAUGAAAGGCUCUAUUGACGACUUAAGAUCCGGGAAAAAGAACCUACUUAUCGCCACUUCGGUCCUUGAAGAAGGUAUUGACGUUUCAGCAUGCGACCUUGUUGUGUGUUUUGAUCCUCCGAAACAGUUACGAUCAUUUGUCCAGAGACGAGGUAGAGCCAGAAAGAAAGGCUCGAAAUUUGUGAUCUUUCACGAAGAAGAUGACACUUCGACAAAUAAAGACUGGGCAGCUAUGGAAGAUAUGAUGAAGGAGAAGUAUUCUAGUAACAAGGAGUUUAUUGAGGAGCUUUUAGCGGUCGAAAGGGAGGAAGAAGACGGCUAUGAAAGUUUCAGAAUAGCGUCAACUGGUGCACUGCUGACUCUCGACAAUGCCCCUCCACAUCUCUCCCACUUUUGCGCAACAAUACCGUGUGAGUUUGCUGAUACUCAACCUGAUUUCAUCAUUUCGAAGACGAUAGUUGGCGACAAGAUAACCGCAAAAGUACGCCUCCCAACACAGCUGGACUCUAGAUUUCGCGAAUUUGAGGGGGUUGGAGAAUGGAGGACAGAAAAGAUGGCGAAAAGAGACGCCGCAUUCCAGGCAUACUUGCAGCUUUACAAAGCUGGACUUGUUAAUGACCACUUAAUGCCAGAACACUGUCAGACGACAGAUGAAGAAGCCGCACAACUCGAGAAACGUUCAAGCAUGGGAACCUGUUCUGAAGCGUUUAAUCCUUGGCUAGCAGUUGCUACCCAAUGGCAAACUACCGAUACGUUCUACCAAAGCAGUAUUGUCAUCGGCUCUAACACAACACAAGAAUUGCCCAGAAUGCUGCUAAUUCUUCCCAUCCCUCUUCCAUGCGACUUCACGUUCAAGUUAUUCUGGAAUGAGACAAACAUUCUUACCCUAUCUGCAUCGCCCCAGCCAUUGACUAUUUCGGAAGACGAUAUGACCUGGGCUCCUUUGGCCACGCAUAUUCUACUAUCUUCUUUAUAUUCAAGUAGAAUGGAUGGUGAAUCUAGAGAUUUCUCUUGCAUAUUCAUACCUAGCCUCGAAAUGGAGCAUGGGGGGCUUAAAGAGUGGUGUACUAAUGUAAACGACCUGAUUUUGGGAAAUGAUAUCGAGGCAUACGACCUGAGCUCCGUUGAGAAUUUCGGGCUUGCAAGGCGUACAGAUAUGACUACCAGGCCAUGGACCGUGGAGAAGUUUGUAUGGAAGAAAUGUGUGAGAGAAGAGCCUGAAAAUGGAGAUGAGGAGAGUGAAGAGGAAGAGAAGAUACUGCAUAUCGAAGGAGAGAAAUGGCCGAAACGAACGGAUUUCUUACACCCCGUUGCUAACACCAUCGAUUCUAAACCUCACCACACCGCAAGAAAUUGUGAUCCAGCUCGCGUCAGUUCUAUAUCCAAAUUACCUAUCGGGUUCACAAAAUUUGCGCUCUUCAUCCCCUCAUUGAUACACACCGUGGGUCGCUUCUUACUUGCCGAGGAGCUAUCAAGAACCAUCUUAUCUCCCGUCGGCUUUAAGGAUAUCCAGCUAAUACUGACCGCUAUUACUGCAUCUUCAGCGAGGGAAAACACUAAUUAUCAACGUCUCGAGUUCCUCGGGGAUAGUUCCCUAAAGCUACAUGCAUGUAUGCAAUUAUUGGCAGACAACCCAAUUUGGCACGAAGGCCUCUUGUCUCGUAAAAAAGACUUGAUCGUAUCCAAUACCCGACUCUCGAAAGCUGCUAUACAAGUGGGACUAGACAGGUUCAUUCUUACAGCCCCUUUCACGGGUGCAAAAUGGCGACCGCUAUACAACUACAACUACACGGAAAGUGCCUCAAACGGCGAUAGGGAGUCGACUCGAGAGAUAUCUACGAAAACCCUCGCCGACGUCAUUGAGUCUUUAAUUGGUGCAGCCAUUCUUGACGGAGGAGAAGACAAGGCGUUGCGUUGUCUACGGGUUUUCCUACCAGAAAUAAAGUGGCGGUCAUACAACGAGCACAUAUCGAUGCUAUAUGAUGCUUCACCGGAAUUUCACGACAAUUCCCCUCACAAUAUUCUGUCGAGAAUUGAACCCCUAAUAGGCUAUUCGUUUAGGAAAAAGGCUCUUCUAACCGCCUCCCUGUCGCAUCCCAGUAAUCCGAUAAGUGGAAUGACGUAUCAGAGAUUAGAAUUCCUCGGUGAUUCAAUUCUCGACACCAUCGUCACGAGCACAUUGUUCCGCUCGAAUAGAGAGAUUCCUCAUCAAGAUAUGCACCUCAUGCGUACCGCAUUGGUCAAUGCAGAUUUCCUUGCAUUCUUAUGCAUGGGCACGUCCACGGACGAGCGGCGCGGGGAGGUUUCCGACUCCCACGACGGGAAAGUCGAGAUCUCCUCGUCUACCCGGAAGAUUUCUCUAUGGCAGUACAUGUCCCAUUCAGCAACGCUGGAUAUUGCUGAGGCGCAGCAAGCCACAGCCCGUAUAUUUGAGGGGUUACAUGGGGAUAUUGACGAGGCUCUUCGGUCAGACACCAAAUACCCCUGGACGUUACUUUCGACCCUCAAUGCCCCUAAGUUCUUCUCAGACAUCAUCGAAAGCAUCCUAGGUGCUAUAUUUAUUGAUUCGCAUGGGUCUAUGGAAGAAUGUACUAAAUUUCUUACCUUCAUUGGCCUUAUGAAGUACCUCCGCCGCGUUCUAGAUGACGAGGAUAUAGAUUUCAUGCACCCGAAACAGCGUCUAGGCCAGGUCGCGCAGACCCUCACUGUGAAAUAUAUUUCCUCGGAUGUACAUGUCAGGGCAGGCCUUACACGAUGGAAAUGCCAGGUCGUGGUAGGUGGUAAAGAAAUAUCCAGAAUUGAUGACGGAGUAAGUAGAAUUCAAGCCGAGACGAAGGCAGCAGAUAUUGCUAUUGGAAUUUUACGCCAGGGCAGUUAA